AUGGCUACAACCAGCACGCUCAAAGACAAUGUAAAAGCUUUUGAGAAGUAUUUUAAAACAGUUUAUUUUAACAAGUUGUUUAAAAUCUGGUUCCUGAAUCUUACAUUUUUUGUUUUCUUUUUAGUUAACAAGCACAAACCAUGGAUUGAAUCAACAUAUCAUGGUAUAGUUACGGAAAAUGACAACACGGUACUCCUGGAUCCACCUCUAAUAGCCUUGGAUAAAGACGCACCUCUUCGCUUUGCAGAGAGUUUUGAGGUGACAGUCACCAAAGAAGGUGAGAUUUGUGGCUUUAAGAUUCACGGGCAGAAUGUCCCCUUUGAGGCUGUGGUAGUGGAUAAAUCCACAGGUGAGGGAAUAAUACGCUCUAAAGAAAAACUUGACUGUGAACUACAGAAAGACUACACGUUCACCAUACAGGCCUAUGAUUGUGGAAAGGGACCAGACGGAGCCAAUGCAAAAAAAUCCCACAAAGCAACAGUACAUAUCCAGGUGAACGAUGUUAAUGAGUAUGCUCCAGUGUUUAAAGAGAAGUCUUACAAGGCAACAGUCAUUGAAGGGAAGAGAUAUGACAACAUCUUGAAAGUGGAAGCUGUGGAUGCAGAUUGUUCACCCCAGUUCAGCCAGAUCUGCAGCUAUGAAAUUGUAACUCCAGAUGUUCCCUUUGCAAUCGACAAAGAUGGUUACAUCAAAAAUACAGAAAAAUUAAACUAUGGCAAAGAACACCAAUAUAAGCUUACAGUGACUGCAUAUGACUGUGGGAAGAAGAGAGCUGCUGAGGACGUACUGGUGAAGAUAAGCAUUAAGCCUACAUGCAAGCCUGGCUGGCAAGGUUGGAGUAAAAGAAUAGAAUAUGAACCCGGCACUGGUUCUCUAGCUCUCUUCCCCAAUAUUCACUUGGAGACCUGUGAUGAGCCCAUAACUUCAAUUCAAGCAACAGUUGAACUGGAGACCAACCACAUUGGAAAAGGCUGUGACAGAGAUACUUACUCUGAGAAAUCCCUUCACAGACUCUGUGGUGCUUCCUCUGGCACGGCUGAGCUGCUUCCCCCUCCAAGUAGCGCUACGAACUGGACAAUAGGACUUCCUACUGACAACGGCCAUGACAGUGACCAGGUCUUUGAAUUCAAUGGCACUCAAGCUGUGAAGAUUCCAGAUGGCAUUGUUACAGUCAAUCUAAAAGAGCCGUUCAUGAUCUCGGUAUGGAUGAGGCAUAGCCCUGGAACCAAGGACAAGGAGACAAUACUCUGCAAUUCAGACAAGACAGAUAUGAACCGGCACCACUACUCUCUUUACGUACACAACUGCCGACUUGUUUUCCUCUUCCGCCAAGAUCCUUCAGAGGGAAAGACCUACAAACCUGCGGAAUUCCACUGGAAGUUAAACCAGGUGUGUGACAAAGAAUGGCAUCACUAUGUCCUCAAUGUUGAAUUUCCAACAGUGACACUCUAUGUAGAUGGGGUUUCAUAUGACCCUUUCCCGGUGACUGAGGAUUACCCACUUCAUCCUUCCAAGAUAGAAACUCAGUUGGUUGUUGGAGCUUGUUGGCAAGAAAAUACAGGAAAUGAAAAUGACAAUGAAACUGUGCCCGAGACCUCUGCAGGUGGUGAACUCCACAUGGCUCAGUUUUUCCGAGGCAAUCUGGCUGGGUUAAUGAUACGUUCUGGUAAACUUGAGAACAAGAAGGUAAUAGACUGCCUCUACACUUGCAAGGAAGGACUGGAUUUACAAAUUGCAGAUGGCGUUGGCAAAGGCAUGAAGAUCCAUAUGAACCCCAGCCAGUCAACAGUGACAUUGGAAGGGGAUGAUAUUGAGAAGUUUGACAAGGCCAUGCAGCACGUUUCCUACCUGAAUUCCCGCCAGUUCCCAACACCUGGAAUCCGGAGGCUCAAAAUCACCAGCACAGUCAAGUGUUUCAAUGAAGAGGCCUGCAUCUCCAUCCCUCUUGUGGAGGGGUAUGUAAUGGUCUUGCAGCCUGAGGAACCCAAGAUCAGCUUGAGUGGCAUUAACCACUUUGCCCGCUCUGCCUCAGAGUUUGAGAGUCCUGAGGGUGUUUCCCUCUUCCCUGAACUUCGCAUAAUCAGCACAAUCACUCGGGAGGUGGAACCAGAAGGAGAUGGAGAUGAAGAUCCUACAGUCCAAGAAUCUUUAGUGUCUGAAGAGAUCAUGCACAACUUGGAUACAUGUGAGGUCACAGUGCUGGGAGAGGAGUUAAAUCAGGAACAAGAAAGCUUGGAGGUUGAUAUGACCCGAUUACAGCAGAAAGGCAUUGAGAUGAGCAGUUCAAACCUUGGCAUGAUCAUCACUGGGGUUGAUACGAUGGCCAGCUACGAGGAGGUUUUGCAUUUGAUACGCUACCGAAACUGGCACACCGUCUCCCUCUUUGACAGAAAGUUCAAGUUGGUCUGCUCUGAGCUAAAUGGACGCUAUGUCAGCAAUGAAUUCAAAGUGGAGGUGAAUGUUAUCCACACAGCUAACCCAGUUGAACAUGCUAAUCAUAUAGCUGCCCAACCACAGUUUGUCCACCCAGUGCAUCAUACAUUUGUUGAUCUCUCUGGUCACAACCUAGCUAACCCCCACCCGUUUUCAGUUGUCCCAAGUACUGCAACUGUUGUGAUCGUGGUUUGUGUCAGUUUCCUGGUUUUUAUGAUUAUCCUGGGAGUCUUCCGAAUCCGGGCUGCACAUCAGAGAACGAUGCGUGACCAGGAUACUGGAAAGGAAAACGAGAUGGAUUGGGAUGACUCCGCCUUGACCAUCACUGUGAACCCUAUGGAGACGUAUGAGGACCAGCACAGCAGUGAGGAAGAGGAGGAGGAGGAGGAGGAAGAAAGUGAAGAUGGCGAGGAAGAAGAUGAUAUCACUAGUGCAGAGUCUGAAAGUAGCGAGGAGGAAGAAGGGGAGCAGGAAGAGGACCAACAGAAUGUUAACAGACAGCAACAGCUGGAAUGGGACGACUCUACCCUCAGCUAUUGAUUCCAGCUGUUCCCUUUGUCUUUGUUCCUGCUCAAGAAGACUCCACUGUAAUUCACUCCAUUGUUCCUAAGGAUCCAUGGUGUAAAAAAAAAAAAAAAAAGUCAUUUGGCCAGUAGCUCCGACCAGCGCGCCUCCCAGUGUGUGUGUGGUAUUGGCUAGUUCUAAUGCUGUCUCUAGAAUUGUGGUUAGCACCUCUCCUUCCUCCCCCAUGCCUCAGUGACUGGAUUUUUUUACACUAUGUGAGGAACCACCUUGCACUUUUUCUUCAUGUCAUCUCAGCUAAGUGACUCUGCAGAUCUGUAGCCAUUGCACACAAGUCUCUGGACUGUCUCUUUGCCCGGUGAAGCGACUUUGGCUUUGUUCCUCUUCCUCUUUCUGACCGAUGCAAAGAUCACAUGUUGACAAAGGGUAACAUUGCUCAUUUCAGCCUGGUGAAUUUUAUUUUUUCCCAAACUAGUGCAUGUGUAAAGUGGCAGAAUGAGGUUAAUAUGUAGAAGAUUAACAGACUUUUUAAUGUUUUGUAAAUAUCUUGGAAUUAUGUAAUUAUGUCAUUUGUGGUAGUGAAAACAGGGAUUGGGGUUUAAAACAUGCUAAAGGUAAAAAUCAUGAAGCAUGAAGUAACACACGUCUCAUAACUACUGCAGCAGGAGCAUGGGCACAGUUAUCUAGUGUAGAUGUAUUAAGUGUCAUUGGCCUUGACUGCCAUAAUCACUCAAGCCCUGCUCUGUUGUUUUUUUUUUUUUUUUUUUUUUUUUCCCCCCCUUUACGUUUGCAGAGGGAACAGACAAGCCUGUGACUUUCUGUAAAGGCUUUUUAGGAUCUCUAACAGAGAUUCAACUGCCCUGCCUAAUACAGUUGGUCUUUGGUCCUUAACUCAUUUCAGUAUAAGGGUUACUGGGGAAAAAAUAAAGGCUACCUGGAUGUGGGGCGAGUCAGUCUGCUGCUGCUGUGCUAAGUGUUCUUGCCAGAGCCCCGGGUAAUCGGCAUGGGGCUUGCUGUAGUCCAAAGCUGCUGCGCUGUUGACCCUGCCGCCAGGGCAGGUUAUUCACUUGAGUCUUCUCAUGGUCAUCAAGGCUGGAAAGCUGGAGACCUGUGUCCCUGCGCGCCUUGGCUGCCAGUCGGCGUAGAUCAGGGUUUAUUUUUUGGAUUUUGAACUUUUCUAAUUUUGGGGGUGGGAGGGUUGGGGGGCAUAGUGACUUCAUUCCUUUUAGACACACUCCUGCUCAUUCCCUGUAGCUCCUUGUACAGUACCAUGGACCCAUUGGUGUAUUAAGCCUUUUGUUUACACUUAGUAAAUGUGUGUUCCUGCUGGUGAAAUUAUAGCGUACAUUAUCCAACCAGAAAACCUUGUGAAUCAAGUUACUCUUUGUAUCAAGACACAGCAGACUUUGGUUGUCGUUGAUCAGAGCUCUCUAACUUGGAAUUGCAAAGGACUCUCUUAAAGGAAUGGCUGAAAGGUACGAAAAGUAAGUUAUGACCCCAUGGUGGUGAGGCUAGAUUUUUCGUAAGGCAGGUCGUGUUCUCCAUUGAACUUACUUUUGGUCCUAGUCAGAGCCUUGAAUUCUGAAUAUCUGCAUAUUUGCUUUGUCAUUUGGUAGUGGUUUACAGAGCAAUUUGUCUACUUGCAAUAUGGAACUACAGCUCCAGUUGCUCCUCAUUAUGGUAAGCAAAGUUCCAGAUUUUGAUACUAAAUGUUCUCUGCCUGCUCUCUAGGUGCACAGCACAUCUGCCAAAGCAGGUUAGUGGCUCAGAUUUAAAACCCCCUGGGAAAUGACUAAACCUGCUAAAGGAACAACCGAAGAGCUGACGGGGGGGUGGGGUGUCAGAAAACAAACAGGUAAAAAGGAAGGCAGAGCCAGCUGUUUCUAAAAGCUUGUUUCAUUUACAGAGCAGACCUAUUCUUACCUAUUGCCCGUCUUGCCUCCCAGUGUUUUGAAAUGGGACCUAGUGGUGGGUUUUAUCUGAGUAAAGCUUGACUCUGAGGAGUGCCUUUUACAAUACUAGAUGGACCUGAAAGCAGGGGAAGAACAGACACAAUUAGCUUACUGUUUUUUAAUGUAAAAUUUUAGAUUUCUAAAAUGGGGAACCGGUUUUGAUUACUUCCGUGGUAACAUAACUGCUAGUUUUAAGUAAACUGGGGAACUUUUAACUUAUGUCUGACAGUUGUCCUGUGUUAAUGUCAAUGUGUAGAAGACUUUAUCCUUCCAUAUACUGUCACUGUAGCUGCUGUAUUUUAGGACUAAAACUGAUCAUGAUUUAAUGCUAAUGCUGAAAGGUUGUAAACUUUCUGAUGCAGUUUGUAGCCACUGUGGGUAUAACUUUUCAGAUGUGUAUAUUGGUAAUAGGUCAGUUUGGAAAGUCUAUAAGCUACAAUAAAUUUCUGGUUCUAAAGAC